GCUUUUUUUAACCGCUACCAAUCCAAUCCAUAGCUGCGUAAACGGUAGCAGCCUUGAGAGCAGCAAGCUUCUAGUAGCACGAGAGCUUCUGUACCUUCCAUUAACUAGUUAUUGUAUUGCACUGUACAAUACCUACUAGCAACCUCGUCCUCUCAACUAUCAACCCUACUCCUACUCCCAAGCCUACUUCUACGCCCCUCGAUCAUAAUACCACCAUAAAUCCAAUUUCAUAACAAGGAACCCUCAUAAAUCCUUCAAGAUGUUUAUGGCAAGAUCUGAAUAUGACCGGGGUAUCAAUACCUUCUCCCCGGAAGGCCGUCUCUUCCAAGUCGAAUACUCCCUCGAGGCUAUCAAGCUCGGCUCGACGGCCAUCGGCGUCGCAACGUCCGAGGGUGUGGUCUUAGGCGUGGAGAAGCGUGUGACGUCUACCCUGCUCGAGACGUCAUCCGUCGAGAAGAUUGUCGAGAUCGACCGACAUGUCGGGUGCGCCAUGUCCGGCUUACAGGCCGACGCCCGCAGCAUGGUCGAGCACGCCCGCGUCGAGUGCCAGAGCCAUGCGUUCAACUACAACGAAAACCUGCGCGUCGAGAGCUGCACCCAGGCCAUCUGCGACCUGGCCCUCCGUUUCGGCGAGAGCGCCGAUGGCGAGGAGAGCAUCAUGAGCCGACCCUUCGGCGUCGCCCUCCUCAUCGCCGGCUACGACGAAGACGGCCCUCAGCUCUACCACGCUGAGCCUAGUGGCACCUUCUACCGAUACGACGCCAAAGCUAUUGGCUCUGGAAGCGAGGGUGCCCAGGCCGAGUUGCAGAAUGAGUACCACAAGUCCCUUACAAUCGAGGACGCAGAGACGUUAGUCCUAAAAACGUUGAAGCAGGUGAUGGAGGAGAAGUUAGACUCUAAGAACGUGCAGCUAGCGAGCGUUACCAAAGAGCGGGGCUUCAGGAUAUACACGGACGAAGAAAUGGCCAAGGUCGUCGAAAGACUACCUGCGAAUUAAGGGUGCAGUUAGUAUAGAGAGGAAACCUUGUUACAGAAUUAUGACAUGACAGCAGCAAAGCACGAUUAGAAGAUGAGAAAGGGGGUCAAAUGGAAUGUUUACCUACCUACCAUCUCAGUAGCUCAACCCUUCUUAGGCACUGACUGGACUUGAUGGCCAGCUAGCUAGCUACGCACCCUUUAAAGCUGGUCAAUAAUAUCAUGAAGAAGAAAUAAACGUGUUACAUGAUCAAUGCAAC